AUGACAACGGCACUACCAUCAAACGCCACGAAAGAGGAUGCGCUCAGGGGCUCCUGUGCCGGACCGGUUCUCUGGAACUUAACAUUCAAUGCCUGUUCUGGAGUCAGACUGGCCACACAACACACCUCUGUUGUGGCAUACGCCGAUGACGCUGCUCUGCUGGUCAAAGGCCGUACGCGGAAGGAGCUGGAGAGUAACAGCACUACUACAUGUUCUAUCUUUGACAAUGCAUGCUCUGCCUUAAAGCUCAAAAUCUCUACAGAAAAAACCACAGCCCUCUUUAUUCCAAAAGCAGGCACCAACCCAUCGAGACGCCCCUGCACCAAACUACAAGGGAAAAACAUUAAAUUUGUCAAGACAUUGAAGUAUCUGGGCCUCACCUGGGACUCUGGCCUCACCUGGCUCUCACAUGUACAAGAGCUGAGGAAUAAAACCUCAAUUAUUGCAAGAAAAGCACGCACAUUCCAGAGGAAGAACUGGGGGCAAAGUCACCAUAUUCAAAAGCUACUCUACCAUACUGUAGCUGAAAAUAUAGCUACUUAUGCUUCUGCUACAUGGGUCCAGCCAAUGAGCGUCCGGAAAAUCAAGCUGCUAACAAGCCUACAAAGACCAUUUGCCCUCAAUCUCACCCGUGCCUAUCGGACCACCGCCACCAGCUCAGCGACUGUACUUGCAGGACUGAUUCCACUACACAUCAUAGUGGAAAUGGAGGCAGUCACCACAAAAGUAGUACACUUGCGAAAGGACGCCUCGCUUUCCAACACAACAUAUUGCCCCAUACAGUAUGAAACUCUUGGCCAUCCCUUACACACUCAUCCGGCUGUCAAAGGUAAAGGUGUCAAUAUAGACCUUUCACGUCAUUCGAAUGCCAAUGAAACCCAAGUUCCCACGCAAGGUUCCCACUUCUACUCAGAUGGGUCCAAGCGGGAGGACGGCGUAGGUUGUGCCUAUGUCUAUUACCAGGACGGACAAUGUCGACAAGAAUGGAAGGGUCGCCUACAACUACAGAACAGCGUUUCCCAGGCUGAGGUUCUUGCUAUCACGGCAGCAACUCAACACAUCAUCCAUCAAGACAUCACGCAUGCAACCCUCCACACGAACAGCUUCUCAACACUGCAGGCACUACAAAACCAUCAGCACACUUCACUUCUAAUUAUCUCACUACAUCAUUUUCUACAACGGCAUGCACACAUUAACUUGCUACUGAAAUGGAUAAAUACCCACGCGGACAACGAGGGCAAUGAGAAUGCGGAUCGCUUAGCCAAGCAAGCGGUCGGUCACAGACUCAGACGCCCAAUUCAAACAGCCUUCCAGCACCACCCUCACAUCUGA